UUGUUUUGUACUUCACUUUUAUUAGAAUAAAUGAAUAUUAAUAUUUUACACAAAAAAUCUGUUUUUUUUUUUUUUUGCGGUGGUCCUGGUGGACAUCACAGCGAGAAGCUAGCGAUGACGUUUAGGUUGAUUGUCACAAUGCGAUCAAGUUUACGUCUGCGGUUGCGGGUAGAGAGGUCAUUGUAAGGGAUAACCUUAAGUUCCAUUGAUUUAAACAUGCCAAGUGUUUAUGGGGGUGAUUACUGGUGAUACUGAUGAUUUAAAUUCAAUAUGAAAAAAUUGUGUUGAUGGAUACAAAGGACAAAAACUUUGUUACAAAAUACAGAGGAUAAUAAUGAUUAUGCUAUUUUUUCUUUCUUUUCAAAAAACGAUUAUGCUAUUUUUUUCUUACGUGUGAAUAUGCUUUAGUGUGGAACAGUAGUGGAUGAUUAAUGUAAUGUUUUGAGGUGGAAGACUUGGCAGGUUGGUUUGUAUGAUCCCUUUGGAAACAGCUUGUUCAAACAUCUUGUUUGGUGCUUCGUUUUUUUUUCUAAGCUUGUCUGGACGAAGAACCAGUCAUUUAAUCAUGUGUUCAGUGCAAACGGCUAGCUACAUAAACUAUUAUUCUAAUGCUACUUAUAAAAUAACUGAGAACAGAGUGUAGUAAACCUUAGCCCUUUGUUGACCAGGGAGACCUAGAAACAAUCCAAGGCCAAAAGUUAGGAACCAAAAACUCGAAUAAAUUUUUUUAUUACUCUCAAAGUUUUAAGGUAGAUUACCUGCAAAAAAGAACCAGGCCAUCUGAAGCAACUCUAGCAAGUUUGGCAUGAUACUGUUCAGUUACUUGGAACAGAUAAUCGAGAACAUCUGAGACAAUCACAAGAGAGAUGGUUUUUUUACAUGUAGGACGGAGGCAACUUGAUAUCAGCCACACGUACAAGGCUUUUGCUGACAAGACUCUUGCAGUGAGAAUCAGUAUCCUCGAUCUAUGUCAUAGGGUUUGACAAAUGACAACCCAAAGUAAACCGAUGAAUUAUACAGUGAAAAUAUCAUCGUCAUUGAAUUUUUUAAAAUUAUCGAAUAUCUGAAAAUAUAUGCUAAUUAAUAUUAGGUAUUGUUAGAAUAAGUGGCACAAAAUAUGGAAACUAAAAUUGAUUGGCAAUUUUUAGGGAAUAUCUUGGGAGGCAAGAUUAGAGAUAAGAAGAAACAUGAUUUAGCUUGCCCGAGAGAUAUACGGAAACAACUUUCGAAAUUAGUUUCUAUAGAGAUUUAAGGUAUGAUAAUGUUUCCAUAAAAAAUAAGGUAUUAUUCCAUUGUUAAGAUCGUACGACAAAUAUAUGGAAACAACUUUGGAAAGUAGUUUUUAUACAAAUUAUGAAUUAGUUUCUAUAUAAAUUUGGAAUUUAAAAUCGCACAAUAGAUUUCGUUAAACUAAUUAUGAUAACAUUAUUUACAAUGGCAUGAGAUGGUAAUUAUUGAGGAAGAUUCAGGGUCAAGUUCUUUUUUGUACUUUUGUUUUAGUAGAUUAGAUAUGUGAUAAUAAUGCUAUUACACUUGUAUUUCUUUCCGUAAAAUGUUUAAACACAAGGGGUGACUGGUAAAUGCUUUCCACAAGCCACAUUAAUGUACAAUCAUGCUUUAGUAAAGAAGAUAUGUUAGUUUUGAAAAUCAAUUUUCAAGCUCCUAAUAUCUAUUCUUUUGAAAGUUUUUGAAAUAAUUCUACAUCAAUAAAAUUUGCAGCUGCAGCUAAAAGCCCCACUACAGCCAUUAUCAAUUAGGCCCAUAAUCUGAAGUAGAACGGAAUUUAUGAAAGUCAUAAAUCAUUAUGCAGUUGCCUGAUUAGUUUUUGUUAAUUACUUCGCUAAACUUGUGGGGAGGGUUUUUAUUGUGGAAGAACCCUGCUUAGGCAAAAUAAAAAUAUAAAAUCUCGUUGCAAGAUAUCCGCAAGCAACUAAUUAAUUACUUUGAUGAAGCGAGAUACUAUUUACCAAAAAAAUCAAGCAAAAUAUUCGACAUUAGAUAUGAGUUGAAAACAAGAAUCGCAUGCGUUGUGUUUGGUUAGUUCAUAUUUUCAUACAACACAAGAUCUUGAUUCUUGAGACAAUAUGAGGGUAAGUGUGGAGAUAAUAACGGGGACAUUUAUAAAUACGGAGGUGAGUGAGAAUGCGACGGUGAAGGAAUUAAAGGAGAAGAUUGCGAAGGAGGUGCAAUUAUCGGUGAGGCGUUUGAUACUUGUCGUCGGAAAUGAAGAGGAUAGGAGAAUGGUGAUGGAGGAUGAAGAUGAAACGAUGUUGAUAAAUUUAGGAGUAAGAGAAGAUUCUCAUAUGUAUUUGUUCUUUAAGCAUCCUGACUUUGGUUACAAGGAAGAGAGUUCUCAAGGAAAAAAAGAUGAUGCUUCUAUGGAGGAGACAGCAGAGAGUAAAAGAAGAAACGGAGAAGAAGAUGAAGAGGCAGAGGCGGAAACAGACUGUGAAGAUGAAGAUACAUCGAUGAAGAAUGGUGAAGAAUAUAAUGUCAAUGUAGAUGAUAGAUAAAAAAGAGAGUCGAAUGUAGAUGAAACAAAGGAUGAUGAAGAAGAUGGAAAAGAGAAAGCAAGAGAGGGUGAAGAAGGGUAAAAUGAAAUGGAUACAGUUUCUUGAUUCUAUUUCCUUAACCAUUCCUAUUUUUAUUAUUUUUUUCUAGUGAUUAUAUUGUCAUAAUGUUUCUUGUUUGACAAGUAAACAGCUUAAUGAUUUGUUUAGUUUAGUUUGUUUUGUUUAAUCUUCUUCUUCCCUAUAUAUAUAGAUCAGCAAAAGCCUCUUUGUGAAAGAGAGGUGGCUUCUCAAUUCUAUUUGGUUAAUCCCGUAUAUAUUAUUUGAGAAUCAUAUAUAAUCUUAUAUUUUGUAUUAUUUAUAAUUUAAUCUCGAUGAGAUACCAGCUAAUUAUAACUCUAAAUUGCCUACAUGGCAGCACUGCAAUGAAAUUGAGGAAACAUGGACCAACCUUUUAUUUUAUAGGAAAUUUUUUUAUCUCCACUUCCCCUAUAUAUUAAUCGAGGAUCUUUUAAAAAGUAUAACCUGAAUUUUGUAAAAAUUAAAAAAAAAAUGCAUCCUAUAUGACACUUGUGUAUGCUUUCUAAAUCCUAUUUCAAAGAAUUCUAGAGCACAUUAGAUAAACUAUAGUCUAAAAAUUAUACUUCUACCAAAAUAAUAUUUCGCAGGCUAUAGUGGGUCGCAUAUAUCAAAUCUUUAUUGUUUCGCAGGUUUUCCUUAAAUAAAACCUACGAAAUUACUCAAUGUGAUUAAAAUAUAUA